UCCCACAGGCCUCUCAUAUAUGGUGUUUCUGAAUUGCUCAUCACUUAGAAAUAAGAAAGUGAAAUCAGUAGAAAGCAUGGAAGAAGAAGAAGAAGCAAUAACAAGGUCACUACUUCUCAAACAAAAGCUUGACAGUAAUCAUCAAUGGAGCAGUACUAGUGAUCAUGGUGGUGUGCAGCUAAGUGAAUCCUCAUCAACCACAACAUCUAUUGUUGUGCUUAGCACUUUAGUGGCCGUAUGUGGAUCAUUUACUUUUGGAAGUGCAGUGGGGUAUUCGUCACCAUCCGAGUCUGGAAUUGAGGAAGAACUUGGCCUUACUUUGGCGGAGUAUUCAUUUUUUGGUUCGAUAUUAACAAUUGGAGGAAUGUUAGGUGCAAUAUUUAGUGGGAAAAUUGCGGAUUUCAUUGGUAGGAAAGGUGCAAUGGGAGUUUCAGAAAUAUUCUGCAUCCUCGGGUGGCUUGCAAUAGUAUUUUCAAAGGAUGUUUGGUGGCUUGACCUUGGAAGAUUUUUAGUGGGAUGUGGAAUUGGGGUUCUAUCCUAUGUGGUUCCUGUUUAUAUUUCUGAAAUUACACCCAAGAAUGUCAGGGGAGCAUUUACAUCACUUAGUGAGUUGAUGAUAGGUUGUGGCAAAGCGCUCACAUUUCUCAUUGGUUCACUUGUCAAUUGGCGCACCGUGGCUCUAAUAGCAAUCAUUCCUUCUUUAGUGCAUCUGCUUGGCCUAUUUUUCAUUCCUGAAUCUCCUAGAUGGUUGGCCAAAUGUGGUUGCUUAAAAGAGUUUGAAGCUAUGCUGCAAAUCCUUAGGGGAGAGAAUGCUGAUAUUUCUCAAGAAGCAGCUGAUAUCAUUGAAUAUACCGAAAACCUUAGAGGGAUAUCUGUAGAUGGAGUUCUACACCUAUUCCAGGGGAAAUAUGCUUAUUCAGUCGUGGUUGCAGUUGGACUGAUGGCUUUCCAAGAAUUUGGAGGACUUAAUGGGUUUUCAUUUUAUACAAGUUCUAUAUUUGAGUUAGCAGGCUUUUCAAGUAAGAUUGGCAUUAUAGCAGCAGCAGUUGUUCAGAUUCUAAUGACAACUUUGGGAGUACUCUUGAUAGAUAAGUGUGGAAGACGGCCGCUUCUAAUGAUUUCUAUGGCCGGAACAUGCUUAGGUUGUGUCCUCACUGGAUUCUCAUUCUUCUUGCAGGAUCUUCAUAUCGGGAAGGAGAUCAUUCCCAUUUUGGUGCUUAUUGGUGUGUUGGUAUACUUGGGCUCUUUUGAGCUAGGCAUGGGAGGAAUACCAUGGAUUAUUAUGUCUGAGAUAUUUCCAAUAAACAUAAAGAGUUCAGCUGGAAGCCUUGUGACAUUGGUCAACUGGAUGAGUUCUGGGGUUGUAUCUUAUGCUUUCAACUAUGUACUUGAGUGGAGCUCGGCAGGGACAUUCUUCAUAUUUGCAGUCAUAUGUGGUAUGGGAAUUAUAUUUAUUUAUAAGCUGAUUCCAGAGACGAAGGGGCGUACACUUGAAGAAAUCCAAGCAUCUUUUACUCAUAUCCAUCAAUAAGAAAUUUUUUUUGAUAUAUGGCAUCCAUCAUCAAUGUAUAUAAUCACAAUCUGAUAAGUUUGAACUUUGAGAAUGCAAUCACACAAGGACAAUAGCCUUUAGGCCAACCAACACUUCUUGUCAUCUUCAAGAUCUGAAUUGUAUACAAAUAUACAAGAAGGCUAGAGCAAUGGGCCCCUUCAAACUUAUGUUGGGUGAAUGAAGUCCAACUUGAGUUUGGUGAAAGAGGUAUGAGGAAUUGUGCUAUAAUGAAAGCUUGAAUGCAAAAAUGGACUGUAAAAAUGAAAUCAGAAAACAAAAAUUGGCUCACUUGGGUCACAUGAAAAAGAAUGUAAUCGUCCAUAAAGAGAUUUCCAACCGAAGUGUCCUGGCCUUGCUCAUAAUGUUUACUUGGGCUUCAAGGUCGGACACAUUUUCAAACCAGGAAAUAGAGCUCAUUCAUCUGUUUCGUCUCUAUAGACAUCCACUGACUUGGGCCUUAAAGUCUAAUGUGUAGUCGAUGAGAGUUUUCUAUAUCCAUUCAUGGAAUUCAACCCAGAAA